AUAGACCACACGCCCCCCGACUGCGCGUGCUCGCCACCCGAUUGGCCGGCGGGUAUAAAUGGUGGUGCGCAUCGCCUGAGCCGCACGCCGACGCGCACUGUCUUCCCAAACAGCCGAGCAGUCAACUGAACGGCAGCCCACCAAGCGUCCCAGCCGGUCAUUGAGAGGCGCUGCCGCGGGGCCUGGGCGUCCCGGGAACUGCAGGAACGAUGCAGUCGCUGCAGGACAAGGCGUCGGAGUGGAGCGGCGUCGCGGCCGCCGACGCCUUCGCCAUCGACGAAGUCAACGUCUUCGAGGCGCUCGGCGGCACCCCGCAGCCCUUCGUCGACCUCUCCACCAACUUCUACACCAGGGUUUAUGAGGACGAGGAGGAGUGGUUCCGGGAGAUAUUCUCGGGGUCCAAGAAGGAGGACGCGAUCCAGAACCAGUACGAGUUCUUGGUGCAGCGGAUGGGCGGCCCGCCGCUAUUCUCCCAGAGGAGAGGACAUCCUGCCUUGAUAGGACGACAUCGGCCAUUCCCAGUUACCCACCGAGCUGCGGAGCGAUGGCUACACCACAUGCAGCAAGCUCUGGAAACCACCGAAAGCAUAAACCCAGAUACAAAACCCAAAAUGAUGAAUUUUUUCAGGCACACUGCAUACUUCCUUGUCGCCGGUAAUGAGAUGACAAGGCAAACCCAAAGUGUACCUCCCUGCAAACAUGCAACGAGCAAACCAGCCGAGGCUCCAUGGAGCUUGGGAGCAAGAUAUCCACUCUCGGUUUCUGCUGGCUUCUUCUCUCGAGUUUCGGAGAAGUAAACCUACAUGUUGUGUUGUCGAGAGAAUUUACCGUCCAAAUUAUUUUACACUGUAAAGUACUGUAUUUGGACAAGGGAUUUGGGGAAGGGAACAUGACAUGGAUGGGGCGUGGUACUAUAAGCACAAGGAAGGGUACUUGGAUCGAGUGGGACGCGUACAGUUGCAGCCAUGUGCCCACCUUGUUGGCUAGAGUAAAAUAGCACGAGGCAGCCUUGUAACUGAAUCCAGAUUGCAAACACAUAAGACUAGCCGCAGUGGGAGUAACUUCAGCAGUAAA